CAGCGGGGGGGGGGGAGUUGGCUUUGCUGAAAUAUCUCGGUUCACUUUCCUUACCAAUUCCAGGACAUUUCGCUUCUGCUUUUGAAGGAAAAUACAAUAAAAGAAAUAUAUCUACAUCACAUACAAGAAAAUGCCCUGAACAGCUCUUACUUUUCAAUGUGUGUGGAGUUGGAUUUUUUUUUGUUCUUGGUCAUCUCGCCCCUGAUUUGAUGGCGAGGAAACCCCGUUGACAAGGCACGCUUCAUGACGGCAUUGUGGGUCUAUCUAAGGAAAUGGACUGCAGUGAUUCAAGAAGGUACUUGAUCACCAUCUUCUCAAGAGCAACCACAGAUGGGCUUAAAAGUCCUUAACACUAUCUAAUUACAUGCAGCCAUUUGGAGAGCUAGAGAAACAUUCCUGUAUUUUCAGUUGUCAUGGAUGAUGAUGAUGACCGUGAUCUGCGAGAUGUUAUUGGUGAUGUACAGGCAUUGAAUGAUUUUCUUCAUGGACCUGGUAGUCAAGAAAUAGAUGAGGAUGAUUUGCUUGGUUCAGCCUGCACUAUUGACAACUCCAAUUCACUUUUUGCUGAUGCCAUUAGUGCUGACCCUACCUCUUCCACUAAAGAUACACAUAACCAUAUUGGAGAAGAAUCCUCAAGACUGCAAUUAGCAAGUAGUCUUAAUGUUUUGGAGGAACUGGAUGCCUCUUCACCUCUCUCGAACUUAAAUGGGGACCAGCCUUUUGAUAUUCUGCAGAAGUCUCUUCAGGAGGCUAAUAUCACUCAACAAACCUUGCAGGAGGAAGCAGAUUUGGCAGCUGGCCUUACUUCCACCCAGGACUUUUCUCAAACUCCACAUCAUGCUGCAUCCUUUUCUCAGGUUUCAGAGUUACCUUCUGGCACUUCAACAGUAAGAGGCCUGACACAGCAGCAGAUGAAUGUAACACCGGCUCCCAUUUUGCAGCAAGUUUUACGAACUCCCUUUGUAAAUAAUGAAGCUAAUGUACAGCCUGGAUUUUUUCAACAAAUGGGCAUCAACAGUGUUGCAAUUCAGCAUGUACCCAGCAGCAACCAAGCUGGUGGUAUUGGACCAAUCCAGCUGAUUAGUUCAUUGGAUACUCAGCAGCCUGUAAUGACUCUUAAUCACCUUGACGGGUCUCAGUUUAUCUCGAAGAGCAGUGGACAACAACCAGCUCUAAACCCUGGGCCUCUAGGUGGUUACAAUAUGUCAUCACUUCCUAACCAGCAACAAAUGUCUUUGAGUACAUCUGGUUUAAAUGAAACUGGUGGGUUGUUGCUUCAGAGACGUGUGACAGCACUUAAUGGAAACACUUACUAUGGAACAUCUAAUAUUGGCCAGGUACCACAACAUAUGUCUGUUCACUUUAGUGGUAAUAACAUUCAAACAGCACUGCCUUUGCAUAAUAUUAUCAUUCAGCGAGGCCCUGUACCAAGUCAGCCGAAAAUUUCACUUAGCAUUCAACCUAAGCCCGCUCAAAUGAACCAACAACAAACAGUUUACAAUGUCAACAACCUGGAAUUGCAGACAGCAUUCAAACUCCAAAAUGAAGUUGCAUUACAACAACAGCAAAUACAACAUGGCCUUCCUUUUUGCUCCACAAGCUCUUCUCAGAGUUCAUCAGUGGGCCCAGCAUUGGGUGUCAAUAUUGCAAAGCACCAGGUGACUAGAAAGUCUGCUAGAUCACAAGUUUUAAAUCAAACAGGAAACAUCAUAAUUCAUCCUCCCAUUGGGCAACAUGAACCUCUUGUAUCCCAGAACCAGUUUUUCAUUCCUACCAGCCUAGCAUUAAAUAUGAAUUCAACUGUUCAACACCUUCAGACUGCAAAUGGACAGAUUCUUCAAAAUCGAACUGUACCAACCCAAUUGGUCUCCAACCAAGUAGCUUCUGAAUGUGUUUUAACAAAUCGUAAUUCUUCAGGUACAAUGUUGACUACCCAGUCUUUUUCAGGACAGUUCUUGAAUAAUCAGAACUCUGCAGGACAGUUAGUUUCUAGUCAAAGUGGCAUGGAACAAGUUAUUAACGCUUCAGGAGGGCAGCUGCUAACAAACCAUGGCUCAUCGCAUCUAGUUACUGGGCAGGUUCCACUCCACCAGGCUUCACAGAUGGUAUUUAACCUUCCAACCACUCAAAGUGUACAACCCACUGCUGGUGGUUCAAGCAUUAAUACAGGAAUAUUUAAGCAAUCCGGGCAGAAUGCAGUCCGAGGACGGUCAAUGCAAAACCAACUUGCUGUUUCAAAUACACCUAGUUCUCUGUGCUCCAGCUACGUGUCUACAAUACAGCCUGUAAUGUCAGCAAGCAGUGGUGGUGAAAAUGUCACACAAACGUGUUCCAGUGGUAAUAUUGUAAUGGUUUGUCAGGGAGAGCAAUCCCUUGUGACAGUACAGUCUGCCCAACAGCAACCACAGUGUCAGCAACAAUUGGGAAUGAAUCAAAUUUACCGGAUAUCCAAUCCUUAUCACCAAAAUGCAGGUGCAAUGCAGCCCUCGCGACAGGUUGUUUUCAGCCGGACGGACAUGCCAGUAACACAAACAAACAAUCAACAGCAAUUUCUGUACUCCCAAGCUGCAAAGAAAAUGAUGGCGACAAGUAAACACCAAUCAGUCACUAGUCACUCCUUGGCUAGCUUGGGGCAGCUCUCCAGUCAAGUUUCAGCUUCUCCUUUUGGUAGUCAGACUCUGCCAAGUUCUGUUUCUAAUGAUGGCAUACAACAGCCCCUUGUACCCAACUUAUUGAGCAAUACAGGGAUCCAUGGCAAAACUACAUGUGUGGCUGCGCAAAUGAAUGACAGCCAACUUCACAAAACUAGUACUUUACAACAGCACUUGGGACAGCUGCAUUCGCUGCAGGAUAAGAUGUUAGGACAGCCAGAGAUGCAGAAAAUUUCACAAUUCGAAGGCCAAAAUGUUGGACAGAAGAGACCUGCUUCAAAGCAACUUACUAAAGAAAGUUUGAUUCUUCAGCAAUUACAAGAAGAACAAAGAAAUGUUCUACAACCUGACUAUAAAACACCCUUCAGUUCACUAGAGGAUGCCAUGCAACGGCUUCUUCCAUAUCAUGUGUUCCAAGGGAAUCCGCCUUCCCAAGAGGAAUUUCAGAGAGUGGAUAAUGAAUUUGAAGAUGUCUCAGUGCAGUUGCUGAAACGUACUCAGAUGAUGCUCAGCAAGUAUAGAAGUCUGUUAUUUGAAGAUGCAAUGCGGGUAAAUCCUUCUUCUGAGAUGGUUAUGAUUGACCGAGUGUUCAAUCAAGAUGAGAAAGCAGCCCUUAUCCAGGACAAACGCUUUGCUUUGGAGGAUUCUGAUGGCUAUUUGGCAAACUUCUGUUGCUCCUCUUCAGUUGCUGUAAAAUCUGUACCUGAAACACAACCACUAACUGCAGAUAUGAUGCCACAUACAUCUUUAGGCAAUAGUAGCAGCGAGUCCUCACCAGCGAAUGCUACUAUCAACCAGAAAAAUGACUCCUCACGAUUAAUUAAUUUAGUUGUUUCUGUGACAAGGGAAGUCAAAGCAACUACAAACUCUCCAACUAGCAGUCCAUGUGCUGGUAAAUCCUAUAGCAGCUGUAGAGCACUAAAACUAACAAUCAAGCCAGAGACAUCUUAUGGAACUGGAACGCAAAGUAAAUCUUCAAAAACUCAAGGGCGAUCAGACACAGAUAACCAUGAUGGUAAAGUUACUAUUGGUUCCACAUCUGGUUAUACACAAACUCAAAGCACAAAAGUCUGUGAACCUGCUGUUGAAGCUAUCCAAAUAUGUGAAGGAGAAGAAAGUAUGUCUGAUGUUGAAGAAAAGCAUAAUAAUUCUUGUGAUAAAGUCACUUUGGAAGGUAUAAUGAAGAAAGCACCGGAUGCUAUUAUUAAUAAGAUUAGUGAUCCCAUUAAAUUGGAACAUAAUGAGGGUGACUCACAGUUGCCUUGGCAUGACCAGCCACUAAACAGAAAUGCUAAAAGUUUUCAACAGCAAGACUUAACAUGUGUCCAGACUAAAGAGGCAAAAGAAGCACAAUGUGACACAUCACUCCAUGAACAUUUGGAGAGUGCAAUUAAUAGCAUUUUGGAUCUACAACAAGCUCAGAAACCUUCUGACAAUACUGUCAUCAAAAAUAACUCACCUGAAACUCCUCAUUUUUCAGCCUUAGCUCCUGUGGAGAACUAUAUAGACAAAUGUAUCCCAGAUCAUAAUGAGGGCAUCAGAGAAACAGACUCCAUCUUAGAAGCAGCAGUGAAUAGCAUCUUGGAAUGUUGAUAAUGUGACCAUGAAGGAAGAGAAAUGACAAAGAUUGUCAGCUGUGUUGACAACUUAUAGGGAUAAAGUAGCAUGUUACUCAGUAUUGAGAACAGGCACAUAGAGUUCCUGGAAAGAGGAUAAAUGGAGUAGAAACUAGGAAAUAGAUUUAUUUUGAAGCAUAUUAGUUUGAGUUUAGGAAGAUCCAUUGUAGUUUGUACUUUGAAAAUAAUUAUGGUGGCACCAGGUGCACAUUAAGUCUUUUGUUUAAAGUUGUUAAGAGGUAUUUAAUUUUAUUGAGUUUUGUUUUGAAAGCUCUAAUUUCGUGUAAAAUGUACUCUUCAAUUUCAAGGGUGCUUUUAAGUUUGU